GAUAGCCUAGUUAAUCCAUUUAAUAGAUAAGAAAGGCAAAUGAAAAGGCAAAUGAAGUGAGACUUAUGCUCGACUUGUUUCUGUCAUCCGCUCUUGUCCGAUGAGGAUUACAAGAUAUCAAAGUGACUAGUUAUUAGUGUAAUUAAAAGCUAAACCAGGUAGUUGAACUUUCUAUUGAAAUUAAAAUGCUACCUUGAGCCCAAGGCUGAGAAAGCCUAAUACGCUCCACCUUACAUACCUUACAUAGGAACGCCUGAUGCCCAACUUUGGGGUUGAUUUCGGGGCUAGAACACCGCCACCCAAGUUUGCGUUUCCCAUGUACCUACCCGACUGCGCAAUUCCCGCUCUGUAUAAAUUGGAGAAGGUGACACAACACCUUGGUACUUGCACUUUGUAAUUCUUAGUAUCUUGCACUGUCCCCAAGCACUCUACCUACUUAUAGUUGCCAUUGGUAUUAUUGGCAGCAGAUGAUGCAGCUAAACGAAGUUGAAGUCCCAAUCUUCACAAUACAUCGCGAUGCUACUACAGAACAAAGGUUACUAUAUCGUCACUGCCUAUACUGGUUUGACAAUCAUUUGGAAGACCAGCUCUCAAUAGAAAGUAGCUACUUGCUUAACACUCUCAGCCCGAUUCUCGGGAGUGAAGGCAAGGUCGACGCCAAAUCUGUUCGGAAACUGAUUCACUGGAUCGCUCUUCUGGCCUGCUCUGCGGAUAAUAGCAGUUUCCUUGGCAGAAUCGCUCAAGAGCUUCAACAAGCCCAUGGGCUAGCGUCUGAUGAUGAUGAGAAUCUGACGAGCUGUUGCCAGUCCAUAUUCCUCAUAUGUGGCUGGGUUACACUGCUUUACAAGUCUAGACCGCCACAGACUCCCAAAACGAUUUCAAUGUAUCCGUCCUCAAUGAACCUAGUCUCUACGAGGUUUAGGAGUCAACCAGUGUAUCCAAGCUCUGCUGCGAUCGACGACGAGUUGAAAGCGCUCUCGUUUCCACAGCUCCUGGCGUGCUUUGGGCAGCGAGCUCCACGCCAACACUCAGUAACUCCUGUUGCCGACUCCAGGUCCUCCGUCGGCACCAAGGCCUCGAUUACCGCUUCGAAUGUGUUCUUCUCAAAUCUGAGAUUGGUUGGGAAAGUGAAGCUAGAGUGGGUAGACUCCUCAGUGCAGCACCUGGACUUUGACGAACGAACGCGCGUUCUCAAGCUAUUUAAGCACCCAGUAUACUGCGCUCUUAUAUGUUUGUCGUCGCCGGACUCGACAGACUUCUUGAACAGGUAUGACGACUACCAGACAAACUUGAGAACAGAAGUACUGACACGGAGAAGUCUUAUCAGCCAUGAAAAGGACACCGAUAGUGGGUUGUCGCAAAAUGACGAUGAUCAAGUCGUGGAUAGACCCUUUGAUAACUUCUGUCGAGAAAUUUUAAUAACCUUCGGCAUAAUCUUCAGCCAGGAUCGAAACUCCCGGAGAGCGGCACGGGCCUUGCUUCGAGAUACAUGGCCAAAAGAUGUAGCAUCUGACCGUAUACUGCAGAGUAUGUGCGGGAAAGGCUCCAAAGGGUGGCACCACCACCCCCUUUUCGAUUAUCUCGCAUCGCCUCCCUUGCGGGCCAACUAUUCGAUCGGUGUUAGUUUCCCGAUGCUUGGGCAUAAGCUCCUUCACAUCAAUGAGUUCAUGGACUCUCAGAGCCCUAAUGAUUUCAGCACGCUUUUCUACGAUCGGAGAGACCACCUGCGCUAUUGGACUUUCAUUUGUCUUCUCGGCUUCGGGGUCGCAUCUAUAGGGCUUGGGUUUUUACAAGUCCUGCUUGGGACUGCACAGGUUGUUUUAGCUUCGCGUGUAUGACUAUGUACGUAGGUGCUUUUCUGUGACAAGGGCGAGGUGUGGAAGUGGUUUGCGUAAGAGCAUCUUGGCUAAAACUACAGCUAAAAAAGGGGGG